GGGGUCGCGGCAGACUCAGGGCAGUAGGAUGUCCCGCGGCUCUGCGCCCGCGUGGGAUGCUGCAGCGCUGGCUGCUGGGCCCCCGAAGCAGCUGCACGCCAGGCCGGCGACAAUGGCAGAGCGCCCGCCGCGGCGCGCGCCCCCCGUCCGCGCCCUCCUGCUGGCCCUGGCCGGGGCCCUGCUGGCGCCCCAUGCAGCCCGAGGGGUGAAUUUAUGGGACCAGAAUGGAGCUUAUGAAGUGGCCAAAGCCUCCAUUCUCAGCAAGGACCCUGGGAUCCCAGGACAGAGCUUCCCAGCAAAGGAUCACCCAGAUGUGCUGACUGUGCGGCUGCAGCUGGAGAGCCGAGAACUGAUCCUAAGUCUGGAAAGGAAUGAGGGACUCAUCGCCAAUGGCUUCAUGGAGACCCAUUAUCUGCAAGAUGGUACUGACGUCUCCUUCACUCGAAAUUACACGGAUCACUGUUACUACCACGGACACGUGCAAGGGGAUGCCGCUUCAGUGGUCAGCCUCAGCACCUGUUCUGGGCUCAGGGGACUUAUCGUGUUUGAAAAUAAAACCUUUAUCUUAGAACCGAUGAAAAACGCCACCGACAGAUACAAACUCAUCCCAGCUGAGACCAUGAAGAACAUCCAGGGGUUGUGUGGGUCACAUCAUAACCAGUCCAGCCUCACCAUGGAAGAUGUCUCCCCUGAACCCUCUCAAAUGUGGUCAAGAAGGCAUAAAAGAGAGACCCUUAAGAUGACCAAGUACGUGGAGCUGGUUAUUGUGGCCGACAACCGAGAGUUUCAGAGGCAAGGAAAAGAUCUGGAGAAAGUUAAGCAGCGACUAAUAGAGAUUGCUAAUCAUGUUGACAAGUUUUACAGACCCCUGAACAUCCGGAUCGUGCUGGUAGGGGUGGAAGUGUGGAGUGACAUGGAUAAAUGCUCUAUAAGCCAGGACCCCUUCACCAGUCUCCAUGAAUUUCUGGACUGGAGGAAGAUAAAGCUUCUACCUCGCAAAUCCCACGACAAUGCUCAGCUUAUCAGUGGGGUUUAUUUCCAAGGAACCACCAUUGGCAUGGCACCCAUCAUGAGCAUGUGCACUGCAGAGCAGUCUGGAGGGGUUGUCAUGGACCAUUCAGACAGCCCCCUUGGUGCUGCCGUGACCUUGGCACAUGAGCUGGGCCACAAUUUUGGAAUGAACCAUGACACACUGGAGAGGGGCUGCAGCUGCAGAUUGGCUGCAGAGAAAGGAGGAUGCAUCAUGAACCCUUCCACCGGGUUCCCAUUCCCCAUGGUGUUCAGCAGCUGUAGCAGGAAGGAUCUGGAGGCUAGCCUGGAGAAGGGAAUGGGGAUGUGCCUCUUCAACCUACCAGAGGUCAAGCAGGCCUUUGGAGGCCGGAAGUGUGGAAAUGGCUAUGUGGAAGAGGGAGAACAGUGUGACUGCGGGGAACCAGAGGAAUGUACCAAUCGCUGCUGUAACGCCACCACCUGUACUCUGAAGCCAGAUGCUGUGUGUGCACAUGGGCAGUGCUGUGAAGACUGCCAGCUGAAGCCUCCAGGAACUGCAUGCAGGGCCUCCAGCAACUCCUGUGACCUCCCAGAAUUCUGCACAGGGACAGCGCCUCACUGCCCAGCCAAUGUGUACCUACAUGACGGGCACCCCUGCCAGGGCGUGGAUGGUUACUGCUACAACGGCAUCUGUCAGACCCAUGAGCAGCAGUGUGUCACACUCUGGGGACCAGGUGCUAAACCAGCCCCUGGCAUCUGCUUUGAGAGAGUCAACUCUGCAGGAGAUCCUUAUGGCAACUGUGGCAAAGACUCCAAGAGUGCCUUCGUCAAGUGUGAGAUGAGAGAUGCCAAGUGUGGAAAAAUCCAGUGUCAAGGUGGUGCCAGCCGACCAGUCAUUGGUACCAAUGCAGUUUCCAUAGAAACAAAUAUCCCACAGCAGGAAGGAGGUCGGAUUCUGUGCCGGGGGACCCAUGUGUACUUGGGCGAUGACAUGCCAGACCCAGGGCUUGUGCUUUCAGGAACCAAGUGUGCGGAAGGAAAAAUCUGCCUCAAUCGUCGGUGUCAGAAUAUCAGCGUCUUCGGGGUUCACAAGUGUGCAAUGCAGUGCCAUGGCCGAGGGGUGUGUAACAACAGGAAGAACUGCCACUGUGAGGCCCACUGGGCCCCUCCCUUCUGUGACAAGUUUGGCUUUGGAGGAAGCACAGACAGUGGUCCCAUCAGGCAAGCAGAUAACCAGGGCUUGACUGUAGGAAUCCUGGUGAGCAUCCUGUGUCUGCUCGCUGCUGGAUUUGUGGUGUAUCUCAAAAGGAAGACCCUGAUGCGGCUGCUGUUCACACAUAAGAAAACCACCAUAGAAAAGCUGAGGUGUGUGCACCCUUCCCGGACACCCAGUAGCUCUCACCUUGGCCAGGCUCACCCCACCAUCGGAAAAGGCCUGCUGAUUAGCCGGCCACCACAUUCCAACACCCCCAAGGACAGACGGUUGCUGCAAUGCCAGAACAUCGACAUCAGCAGGCCCCUCAACACUCGAGCCAUCCCUCAGCCUCAGUCACCUCAGAGAGUGCUCCCACCUCUCCACCAGGCCCCACGUGCACCCAGUGGGCCUGCCAGGCCCCUGCCUGCCAAUCCUGCACUCAGGCAGGCCCAGGGCAGCCACAAGCCCAGCCCUCCUCAGAAGCCUCUGCCUGCUGAUCCAUUGAGCAGGACAUCUCGGCUCACGGGUGCCUUCUUGAGGACUCCAGGGCAGCAGGAGCCUGGGCUCCGCCCAGCCCCAAACAGACCUGCUCCUAAGCAUCAAGUGCCCAGAUCUUCCCACAAUGCCUACAUCAAGUGACAAGCAAGCCCAGACUGGUCCUCAACAGUGAAGACACAAGUUUGCACUAUCGUCAACUCCAUCGGAGUGAUUUUUUGUUUUGUUUUGUUUU